AUGCACCUCUCUGAUGCUCUUGGGAGUGUGGGCAAUGCUAUUCUCCGAUGCUUCCAGGUUACAAAUAUUUUCCACAGACGAAGGCAACAAGCCAAGCUCUGCGAGUCCCCAGUCCCCAGCCGUGGCCAUUUGCCAUUGAGAGCACUGAUGGAGCAAGCUAGUCCCUCAGUGCCCACCAGGGCCUUCUUACGGCUGUGCCGUGCCAAAUGGAACUGCACAGCAAGCCCUGAAGGCAGCGCAGUGGAAAGAAUCCUUCUCCCAGCUCAAGGAGCGGGAGGCUCCGCUCUCCCCGUCGGACCGGGCGGCUCCCAGUCCCGCCCCCGCCGCGGUGCAAUGCUGGGGCGGAGCGCAUUCCCGGGGCUAUAUCCACCGGCGAGGCGUGCGGGAGUGCCUCGUUUCGGGUCGCUCCCGGGGAUGCUGAAUAUGGAAGCAAACGUUGACCCGUCGGAGCUGCAGCCGCUGGGGGAGUAUGACUUCGAGAAGAACUUCAAUCACCUGGCAGCCAGGAAAUGGAUGGAGGAGAAUUGGCAAAAGUCUUUUAUUUUUGCUGUUAUUUAUUUCAUCCUGAUCUUUGGUAUCCAGCAUUUCAUGAAGGAACGGAGGCCCUUCAAUCUGCGUGCACCACUGAUCCUGUGGUCCUUCAGCCUGACUUUGUUCAGUUUGAUUGCAGCCUGGCGGGUCUGGAAGCAGAUGGCCUUCCUCCUUCUUACCAAGGGAUUUAAGCAAUCAGUGUGUAGUCAAUCUUUCUACAUCCACCCCGUUUCCAAGCUUUGGAUGUAUCUAUUUGCACUGAGCAAACUUGUCGAAAUGGGUGACACUCUGUUCAUUGUUCUCCGGAAAAAGAAGCUCAUGUUUGUCCACUGGUACCACCACCUUUUAACACUGAUUAUGAGCUGGUAUGGCUAUAAGAUUAUGGCCAUUGGUAUGGGAUGGAACGCAGCCUUGAACCUCAGUAUCCAUUCUGUGAUGUACUUGUACUACACUGUAACAGCCAUGGGCUACCGGGUACCACGCUCCAUCACCAUGCUUAUCACCACUUCACAGAUGGUGCAGAUGACAGGAUUUGUAAUAAUGAACAUCUUUAUCGUCUUCUGGAUGGAUGAUAAGCUCUGCCAAGGUACCUGGACAAUGCUUUUCCUUUCAUCGGGCUUGUAUACCACUUUAUUGGCCCUCUUCUCCAACUUCUUCAUGAAAGCUUACCUGAGUAGCAACAAGAAAUCAAAGUUAAAUUAA